CACCCUGUUGCUCCUCCGCCGCGGCUAAAACCCCAAGCCCUAGCAUUGCCCCCCUCCAGCCCCCCCUUCGUCCGGAAGCAAUCACCGCUCGUGCCGCCCCUUUCGAAAUCAUGGCACACAUAGUUACAGAGUCCAAACACUCCCUCUACGAAUAUGACGGUCAGCGGCUGGUGCCUCUACCUGUCUAUCAAAUUGGACCAACCUGUGUACUUCACGCCAUAUCUUAUGGGGCCCAGAUGGCUUAUAGACUGAAGAUGUUCAAACUAUUUAGGAAGUCCAACCUUGUGUUCAACGUGUUGCACUUUCUCUAUCUGUAUGAACGAGAGAUGAUGGUUCGUAUGUUGUAUGACCGUAGUCGCAGGAUCAAAGGAGCAUUCAGGGUAAUCCAAGAAUUUGGGGUUGAGGUCCAGGAUCUUGGAGUAGAGUUACCGGGACGGCCUCACUUGAAGUUGCCUCAUUUCAAGCCAUUUCCUCCUACGAUGUAUACAUCAGCUGGUCUGCCCAUUCCUCCUCUCAAGUUCGAUGAUAUCUGCCGCAUGAUACAAAAGCAUGAAGUUGUCAUUGGCAGUUUUGCCACCGAACGGAUACACUUCAACAAGCUACGCGAAGAUGAGAUCUAUGACUUCCAACCACAGCCCGGUUCCAAUUUCGAUACUCAUUGUGUCUUGUUUGUUGAUUACGGGUAUCACGAGUCAAGACCAUAUUUGAAGUUCCUCAACUCACAAGGUCCAGAAUUUGGAGAUGCAGGUUGUGGUCGUGUCUACUUUGAUCGAAUCUUUCAGACAGAUGACGAGUUCUGCUUCCACACCAUGUCAUUUCAUGAUGAUCAAGCGUCCUGUUCUACAAGCUACUCUGAUGUUCCACCUUGUGGUUUACCGCCAGCUACUUCAGACUCAGCUGCAUCACAACAUCUUGAAAGCAGAAAUGUGGUAGAUUCAGAUCCCAGCACCAAUAGGAUAUUGAAAAUGACAGAAGAAGAUCAGAUAUUAGGGGUGGUGCGAUUCGUCGCCGAGCUCAUUUGGGAAGAUACAGAGCCCACUGUCAGCGAUGCAGAAAUCAACAAGGUCUGUGAUGACGCGCACCGGCAUGUCCUUGCUGGCCAGUGGCUAGACAUAGCCUCUCUCUUACUCAAGUCUACAGACUUUUUCUCCCUUGGUGUUGCUGAAGAAGAUGUCGAGGGAGUGUUAGCAGUUACCUGCAGCCUCGUCACCAAGGCCGCAUCUGAGGCCGAGAGCAUGAACAUUGCAAAGCUCAUCUGUGACAUGCUUGACCAGCAAACGGGAUACAGUCCUUCCCUAGGCCUCAAAAUACUAUUCAGCCUCCAUAGUCGUAUUGCAUAUUCCCAGGACAAGGCAUUCAUCCAUACCAAGGUGUUGCAGUAUGCUGCCGCUUGCAAGGCUAGCAAGCAUAUCAUAAAAGACUUGCAGAACAAGGAUGGUUGGUGCACUAACAAUGCAGAACAAAGGAAGCUGUUCCUUGAUGUUUCUGGGGUCCUCUACGACCAAAAGGAAUGACUUUUGCUGCGUUAGAUGAGGUUAGUAGUUAUAGGAAGAGUAGCACUGAUGCAGACAACCAUUUUAGUAAUGGUGUGGAGAGGAAUAUGCAUAUUUAACUUAUCUUUGUUUGGUUCAAAAUUCUUGAUCAUGUGCUGUGCUCUUUCCUUGGUCAUGGUCCAACAAAGAGAUGCAUACCUGGCAUUGUUUUUUGUUGAUUUCUCGGGUAGAGAUAUUGUUUUGUUGAUAUCAAAAUGACAAACCUGCCAUGGAUCCAUUCUUUCUGAGGAUGUGCGAGUUAAGAUACAGAUUUUGUAAUCACAUUUGAAUACUUUCA